UACACAGACAGCUGCAUGCUUUAUGUUGUGUAACUUGCAAUUUUACUCUAACGAGUUCUUCUUUAAACAAAUACCCCAGGGAAAUAGUUUAUUUUACUACAUAUCUAGUUAGGCAGUUUUUCAAUAUGAGUUGGUAAGUUCUUCUGUUUUGUUUCAAAACGGUCUUUGUUGUGCAAUCAGCUAGAGCUAGCUAAGGAAGGUUAGGUAGUAACCCUUGCUUAGUCUUCCUUGUUUAGAGAUGGCUUGUUGCGGAAGCUUCCGUAGCCUGGCGUCCUUGAUCAAGCAAGUCUAAACUAUUCGAUUUCACCAAAAUAACGUUUCCAGUCAACAGAGCUAUAUUGAGUGUCUCUAGAACAAUACUUACGAUUCGAGGUUUUGAAUGUGGCCUUCGCCAUCAAAUGAGUGUUUAAAACACGUUUGUAUACAGCAGGGUCGCCUAUUUUCUGCAUGCUGUGCCACUGGGGCUGCCAUUGUAGUCCAUUCUAUACCACAUACAUGUACCAAAUAAUCUUCUACAUGCGGAAAAUGGGAGACCCUGGAUAAAAACGUGUGGAAAAUGGGAGGCCCUGGAUAAAAACGUGUUUUAAACGCUUAUCUGAUAGCAAAGGACACAUUCAACACGUCGAAUCGUAAGUAUUGUUCCUAGAGAUAUUGGAUAUGCCUCUUGACUGGAAACGUUAUCAUGGUGAAACCGAAUAGUUUAGAUUUGGUUGAUCAAGGACUCCUGGCUACCGAAGCAUCCGAAACGAGCGGUCUGCAAUGGCUAGUUGCGGGAUGAAGCAAUGGUAGCCCUAGCGCAAUGACCUAGCUGGCUAGGGCGCUGGUAAUAACGUUAGUGUGGUGUUUCAAAGCUAGUUAUCUGAACUGCUAAUUUGCCAUACAGUUAACACAGGCAAGAUUAUUUAUCAGACUCACAUUCAUUGAAUAUUCACUCACAACACAGUGUAAAGGAAGAAACCCGAAGCGUGUCUCCUCAUUGUCCGAAGCCUAACGAAUCGGAAAAACCCCUGGGUACGGCUAUGGAGGAGACUUUGCCAGGAAAUGGUAAGUAACGUUAGUUAUAAACACAUUCAUUGGCCAGCGGUGGCUAAAUAGGUAGUAGUAUCAUUAGCUAAUUGAGAAUUCUCCCCUUCAUGUAAAUUAACCAUAUCACCACUUGUUCUCAGCAGCUGCAAGUGUGAAAGCUGAAGCUGCGGUGUCUGAAGUUGUCAUCACGAAAGAGAUGGCGGAAGAGGAGAAGCAGUUGACGGUGAAAGGAGAGAAACAAGAAGAGGAGAUUAUGAAAAAGGUUUCUUAGUAAAAAAAAAAAAAAAGUUGUAACAUCUUUGAACAACUGUAUUGAUAUUGUUGUUUGGCAAGUGUAGAUGUUAUUAAUGCCCAACAACAUUGUAAACAUUGUUUUACUAGGCUCGAGAAGCUCAUGAGAAGGAAUCUCAUGACAUUCGCUUCAAGAGACUGCAACACUUGCUGGAGAAAAGCAACAUCUAUUCCAAAUUCCUUCUUACAAAGAUGGAGCAACAGCAGCAGGAGGUAAGUCCUAAUACCAGUGGAAUGGAUAUGAAUAUUAGAAGUAGCCCUUGCACAGCAUAUUGUAACAACUACUACUUUUCCUGUUACAGCUCAUGCGUGAUGGGUGAACAAAUGUGAAUGAGCACAGUAAUCUAGGGAGCCACUACCUUAGUCUCCCUCUGCGGUUAUGUUAAUCUUGAACUCUGCUGUAGCUAUCCCUAAUUGCUUUCCGACUCAUGUUUUAAUGGUCGGAAAAUGCAUGGAAACACGUAAAGGCAGGGGUCAAAUCUACCCAAGGAGUGAUAAGUCUUUGAAAAGACUUGUCUAACUGUACUUUUUCCCUGUAAACCCAGGAAAUGCUGAAGAAAGAAAGACUGGAAAAGAAGGCAGAGAAGGUGAGUGAGUUUUACUUUCUUUGUUGAGUCGUUUUUUGUUAUGUUUCAGUUACAAUUGCUGCCAGCAGCUCCUUAAUCACUGACCUUAUCAACUUUUCUGUCACAGGGCAUUGGCAAAAAGACUGGGAGAGGUAGGCAGCACUUGUGUCCCGUUACUUUGCAUCCAUGACAAUUGAGUUCCUCUCUAUAGUUGAUUUGGAAACACAGUUUAUAUUGACGAUUUCCGACUUAAGUUUCUGUGUUGUUUUUUCAGUGGAAAAAAAGAAAAGGGAGAGAGAGGAAGAUUACAAAAUUGCUGAUGUCAUGUCUAAAGAGGUAAGGAGGUCUCUCUUUUAAAAUAUAGACAAAGGCCUAUUUCACUCUAUAUUUUGGAUUUUUGCAUAUUACAUUUUUUGGCAUGUUUUUGUUUCAGGAAAUUAUGUCCAAGGCCAAGAAAUGUAAAGUGGAGGAAGAGGUAAAGGACUUUUGUUUAUACACUGCGAGGGACAUUUUUGUACUGAUCUUUACUCUUACAGACUCAAGAAGUUGGAGAGCGUUGAGAUCUCCUAGAUAUACCGUACCUCAAAUGUCAAUAAUAUAUCUCUGUACAUGAAUAACAGGAGGUCCCCGGGAUGAAGAAGCUGGAAGCAGAGGACAUUGAAAAGAUGAGUGACUCCAAUGCUGACAUCAAGGGCCGUCUGUCGGAGGCUGUGAGAGACAAUGCCAAGCAUCUACUGGACCCAGACAGGAAGGUAAACGGGCAGGCAGUGCCCGCCCAGCAGCCCCUGCUCUUCACUGGGGGAGUCAUGAGGUCUUACCAAAUAGAGGGUGUGGAGUGGCUCAGGGUGAGUGUGGACUGUUGAUUAUGCAUAUUUUGUUUGUUUGGUAAUUGAUCAUAGAGAUACAGUAUUUCAUACUAUCCUUGGUGUGUUUGUAUUUUUUUAAAUCCAGAUGUUGUGGGAGAAUGGUAUCAAUGGGAUCCUGGCAGAUGAGAUGGGUCUGGGGAAGACCAUCCAGUGCAUCGCCCAUGUGGCCAUGAUGCUUGAGAGAAAGGUGCUGGGACCCUUCCUGGUAGUGGCCCCCCUGUCCACUCUGCCCAACUGGAUCAACGAGUUCAAGCGCUUCACUCCAGAGGUAAAAACCACUCCUCGCUAAAAAUAAGUGUUCAAAGUAUUACAUAAGUUGUGCAAUUGAUACCAUUUUAAAAGUGAAUACAUGUCAUGUGUAUCGCCAAUUACUGAUUGACUUCACUGUUAAAUUGUCUUUGUUCAUCUUGUUGUAAGGUGUCAGUGCAGCUGUACCAUGGGCCUGCUAAGGAUAGGAUGGCAUUGUUAAAGCAGAUUCGUAAGCCCCAGGGGCCUCACAACAUGUACCCUGUGGUGGUCACCUCCUUUGAGAUUGCCAUGAUAGACAGGACGUUUCUACAGGUAGGCCCACCUCCCCCACUAAUAUCAUCUCUAUGUAGGCUGUAGAAGUUACAUUUAUUACUUUUCUGUACUUGGUAUUCUGAUGUAGCCGUUGAUUUGUAACUUACGAUACUGAGCUCUUAUCUAUUGAAAGGCACGAGCAUAACUUUCCUUUUCAUGCAAAUAAUGCAUUGAUGUCAAAAGUAAAUUUGCAUAAAAGUUUGAAUUAUGCAUGCAUACUUCAAGUUGUGCAACCUAUUUAACCCAUUCAGCCUCUCACUGAUAACCCCCCUCUUGCUUUUCCUCCCUAGCGCUUCCACUGGAAGUACCUGAUCGUGGACGAGGGCCACAGGAUCAAGAACCUGAACUGCCGGCUGGUGAGGGAAUUGAAGAUGCUGCCCACGGACAACAAGCUGCUCCUGACAGGCACACCACUGCAGAACAAUCUGGCUGAGCUCUGGUCACUGCUCAACUUCCUUCUGCCUGAGGUGUUUGACGACCUCAAGAGGUAGAGGACAUGUCUGUCUGUCUUUGUCGGUCUGUCUCUGUUGGAAUGGGACUAUAUGGAAUGUUUUUUAAUUUUGCCUUGCUAAAAGAAAAAGUGUAAUUGCACUUCACCUAUAUCUCUACAGCUUUGAGUCGUGGUUUGACAUCGACACCGUUGGUUCGGAUGCAAAAAAUGUUGUGCCUAACGAACGAGAGCAGAACAUCCUGCACAUGCUCCACCAGGUAGGCCUCUCACUGACUAGCUCUGCAAUCCACUGGGAACAAUAAAAUGGUUAAACAAGUAGAUGACCAGUAGGGAGUUGUCCAUAAACUUUCUAGUUCAUCUGCAGAUUCUGACGCCAUUCCUGCUGAGAAGACUGAAGUCUGACGUGACGUUGGAGGUGCCGCCCAAAAAGGAGAUUGUUGUGUAUGCCCCACUCACUGCCAAACAGGAGUCUUUUUACACUGCUGUGGUCAACAAGACCAUCGCCAAAAUGCUGGGCCAGGAGAAGGUAAGGCCCUCAGUUCACUGCUACACUGUCAUAUGGUUAUAUAGAAAAACAUAGGUAUAGAAUGGCGAAAAUGUAUGCAUUGCCGACUUCUCAGAUGUCAGACUUUGUUUGAAGGAGGUUUCUAACAGACGUGUCCCCUUUGACGUGUCAGGUGGAGGCUCCAGUGGUGCUGACGACCGACGGCAGGCCUAAGCGCAGGACCAGGAGGCCUGUGGACUACAAAGAGACUGAUGGUGACACGCCCUACGACCUGGAGAAAUACCUGGCGAGGGUUCAGAAGGAGGCAGAACAGAGGUCAGAAUAUCCUCUACUAUGGCAGUGUUCUGUGUGAAGCAAACAUGUGGUGCGGUGCCCAUAGAAAUUGAAUGAUUCUAUUUGAAUGGCUUUGCCUUUACCCACUAGGGGGUGCACUGGUCAUACCAAUGAUAGUCUGUAUAUUUUCUACAUUAUAUGAAUUGAUACACACACACACACACACACACACACAUCCAUGAAGACAAACUACAUGAUCGUACCAAUUAGAUUUUUUGUGAAUGUGAAACUCAUUUUAAACUUGCAUUUUAAUGUGGCCUCCCCUUAAAAUAAAUUAACUAAGAAGACUUGAGGUUGAUAGUUGCCCCAGCAGAGGUCUAACGUGUUGCCUGUCCCUGUCCUCUCCAGACCUGCCCCAGUGGUAGACGUGCAGAUGCCCAUGGACUCCCAGAUCAACCUGAAACUGCAGAACAUCCUCAUGCUGCUGAAGAGGUGCUGUAACCACCCCUACCUCAUAGAGUACCCAUUGGACCCGGCCACUCAGGAGUUCAAGGUAAAGGCCCCGCUGGAUUGCAAUGGCUUCUGUAACAAAAUUCUGUAGAAAUGACACGGCCAAUGAAUGUUGUGUGUGCAUUCGUGACUUCUCUCAGCACAGCUAAGUAGAGGCUUUGUCAGAGUGUUUAGGGAGUUAGACUGCCAUUUGGUGUAGCUCAUGUGUAAAUACAUGAUCUUGUGUUUCACCCUCUGAAUCUCUUUCCCUUGCAGAUUGAUGAGCAACUGGUACAGACCUCAGGGAAGUUCCUCAUUCUAGACAGAAUGCUGCCAGAGCUGAAGAAGAGAGGACACAAGGUAAACGCCCAAAUACAAUUAUUAUACUUAAUGUCCUCAGUCAAGUGAUUCAUUUUAACUCCCCAAAAUGUAGCUUGACCAUGAAUAUGUAUUUAUUGAGAGAUGUUUGUGACUACUUCUGACCUGACCUUGUCGACAGGUGCUGAUUUUCAGCCAGAUGACAUCCAUCUUGGAUAUCCUAAUGGACUACUGCUACCUGCGGGGUUACCUGUACAGCCGACUGGACGGGAGCAUGGCCUAUCCCGACAGAGAAGAGAAUGUGAGUAGUGGCAGGUUCUACUCCCCACAAUGGAAUUAUCCUUCUUAAAGCACUCAUUACCAUGAAGCAGUCAUAAAGCGCUUAUAAUUAGGGCUGCACAAUUAUUCAAAUUUUGAUCGCAACAGUCUGCAAUAUUUUGACGCUCCACUCCACGGUGUGUAACGUCUGUUUUUUAUAGUUUACUCCGUUUGCUACUUGAGACGUCUCGCUCCCCCUCUCCUGCUGCACACGCACACCAAGCCCCGGCCCCUGUCACUCAAGGAGCGCAGUUGCUUGCCUUACCCACUUGCUGUUCCUUCCAAGUUCACUCAUGGUCAAUGCAACAAGAUCUUGAUGACAAAGAUGCUGCUUUCCACUUUGCGUCUUAAUAUAAAUCCACAUGCGUUUUAUAAUGACACUAUUUCUUUGUGUAUAGAACUCUCUGCAAACAGCUAGUUAGUCUUUUCUUAGCAAGUUGUGGCCAAAAUAAUCUGUGUUAGCCGCUAAUCACUUGUUGGCUAGCUAGUUAGCUAAAGGCAUUGAGCUAGAGCAAAUGUAGCUAGUUAAUACAUUCUGAUACCACUGGUGCUGUUUGCCUGGCUACCCAGACUCAGGGCUUUCUGAUUGGUCCAGAAACCGAUGGGUUGGGCCAGAGCCAGAACACACGUGGGUAAAGCGGCGGUUUGAAAAUUCGUCAUUGGCUUUGAUACUCAGAUUGGUUAGAGACGAUCCAAUCGCUGAUGUCUUUGUCUUGUACAAUACCCCUCGUCACCACAAACGACUUCAAUGAUGGCAAAAGUAUGUAGCGAAAUACAGAGCAGCAGAAUAAUUUUGUGAGUCGUCAGGCUAUGGUGCUGUAGGACUAGAUCAGCAUAUUGUUUGUGCAACGGUAAGUCGGAGAGGAAUAGGCAAAGCAUGAAUAUGUAACAUUUUUCCUCUACCUUAUGAUUAAUGUAACAUCUAUUCAAAUCUACACGGAACAAAAAUAUAAACGCAACAUGUGAAGUGUUGGUCCCAUGUUUAAUGAGCUGAAAUAAAAUAUCCCAUGAAUUGUCCAUAUGAACAAAGAGCUUAUUUCUCUCAAAUUUUGUGCACAAAUUAGUUUACAUCACUGUUAGUCACCAUUUAUCCUUUGGCAAGAUAAUCCAUCCACCUGACAGGUGUGGUAUAUCAAGAGGCUAAUUAAACAGCAUGAUCAUUACACAGGUGCACCUUGUGCUGGGGACAAUAAAAGGCCACUCUAAAAUGUGCAGUUUUGUCACAAAACACAAUGCCACAGAUGUCUAAAAUUCAGGGAGUAUGCAAUUGGCAUGCUUACUGCAGGAAUGUCCACCAGAGCUGUUGCCAGACAAUUGAAUGUUCAUUUCUCUACCGUAAGCCCACUCGAACGUUGUUUUAAAGAAUUUGGUAGUACGUCCAAGCCUCACAACCGCAGACCAUGUGUAACCAUGCCAGCCCAGGACCUCCACAUCCUGAGACCAGCCACCCGGACAGCUGAUGAAACUGUUGGUUUGCACAACCAAAUAAUGUCUUCACAAACUGUCAGAAACCGUCUCAGGGAAGCUCAUCUCUGUGCUCGUCAUCCUCACCUGGGGUUGACCUGAAUGCAGUUCGACGUUGUAACUGUCUUCAGUGGGCAAAUGCUCACCUUCGAUGGCCACUGGCAUGCUGAAGAAGUGUGCUUUUCAUGGAUGAAUCCUGGUUUCAACUGUACCGGGCAAGUAGCAGACAGUGUGGUAGCCCCAUGAUAGCGGAAGGGUUAUGGUAUGGGCAGGCAUAAGCUAUGGACAGCGAACACAAUUGCAUUUUAUCGAUGGCAAUUUUAAUGUGAUGAGAUCCUGGGGCCCAUUGUCGUGCCAUUCAUCCGCCACCAUCACCUCAUGUUUCAGCAUGAUAAUGAACGGCCCCAUGUCGCAAGGAUCUGUACACAAUUCCUGGAAGCUGAAAUUGUCCCAGUUCUUCCAUGGCCUGCAUACUCACCAGACAUGUCACCCAUUCAGCAUGUUUGGGAUGCUCUGGAUUGACGUGUGUACGGCAGUGUGUUCCAGUUCCCGCCAAUAUCCAGCAACUUCGCACAGCCAUUGAAGAGGAGUGGGACAACAUUCCACAGGCCACAAACAACCGCCUAUGCUAAGGAGAUGUUGCGCUGCAAUAGGCAAAAAUGGUGGUCACACCAAAUACUGACUGGUUUUCUGAUCCACGCUCCUACCUUUUUUUUAAGGUAUCUGUGACCAACAGAUGUAUACAGUUGAAGUCGGAAGUUUACAUACACCUUAGCCAAAUACAUUUAAACUCAAUUUUUCACAAUUCCUGACAUUUAAUCCUAGUAAAAAUUCCCUGUCUUGGGUCAAUUAGGACCACCACUUUUAUUUUAAGAAUGUGAAAUGUCAGAAUAAUAGUAGAGAUUUAUUUCAGCUUUUAUUUCUUUCAUCACAUUCCCAGUGGGUCAGAAGUUUGCAUACACUCAAUUAGUAUUUGGUAGCAUUGCCUUUAAAUUGUUUAACUUGGGUCAAACGUUUCGGGUAGCCUUCCACAAGCUUCCCACAAUAAGUUGGGUGAAUUUUGGCCCAUUCCUCCUGACAGAGCUGGUGUAACUGAGUCAGGUUUGUAGGCCUCCUUGCUCGGACACGCUUUUUCAGUUCUGCCCACAAAUCUUCUAUAGGAUUGAGGUCAGGGCUUUGUGAUGGCCACUCCAAUACCUUGACUUUGUUGUCCUUAAGCCAUUUUGCCACAACUUUGGAAGGAUGCUUGGGGUCAUUGUCCAUUUGGAAGACUCAUUUGCGGCCAAGCUUUAACUUCCUGACUUAUGUCUUGAGAUGUUGCUUCAAUAUAUCCACAUAAUUUUCCUUCCUCAUGAUGCCAUCUAUUUUGUGAAGUGCACCAGUCCCUCCUGCAGCAAAGCAGCCCCACAGCAUGAUGCUGCCACCCCCGUGCUUCACGGUUGGGAUGGUGUUCUUCGGCUUGCAAGCUGCCCUCUUUUUCCUCCAAACAUAACAAUUAUGGCCAAACAGUUCUAUUUUUGUUUCAUCAGACCAGAGGACAUUUAUCCAAACACUACAAUCAUUGUCCCCAUGUGCAGUUGCAAAACGUAGUCUGGCUUUUUUAUGGCGGUUUUGGAGCAGUGGCUUCUUCCUUGCUGAGCGGCUUUUCAGGUUGUCGAUCUAGGACUCGUUUUACUGUGGAUAUAGAUACUUUUGUACCCGUUUCCUCCAGCGUCACAAGGUCCUUUACUGUUCUGGGAUUGAUUUGCACUUUUCGCAGCAAAGUACAUUCAUCUCUAGGAGACAGAACGCGUCUCCUUCCUGAGCGGUAUGACGGCUGCGUGGUCCCAUGGUGUUUAUACUUGCGUACUAUUGUUUGUACAGAUGAAAGUGGUACCUUCAGGCAUUUGGAAAUUGCUUCCAAGGAUGAACCAGACUUGUAGAGGUCUACACAUUUUUUUGAGGUUUUGCCUGAUUUCUUUUGAUUUUCCCAUGAUGUCAAGCAAAGAGGCACUAAGUUUGAAGGUAGGCCUUGAAAUACAUCCACAGGUACAUCUCCAAUUGACUCAAAUGAUGUCAAUUAGCCUAUCAGAAGCUUCUAAAGCCAUGACAAUUUUCUGGAAUUUUCCAAGCUGUUUAAAGGCACAGUCAAUUUAGUGUAUGUAAACUUCUGACCCACUGGAAUUGUGAUACAGUGAAAUAAUCUGUCUGUAAACAAUUGUUGGAAAAAUUACUUGUGUCAUGCACAAAGUAGAUGUCCUAACCAACUUGCCAAAACAAUAGUUUAAGAAGACAUUUGUGGAGUGGUUGAAAAACAAGUUUAAUGACUCCAACCUAAGUGUAUGUAAACUUCCGACUUCAACUGUAUCUGUGUUCCCCGUCAUGUAAAAUCCAUAGAUUUAGGGCCUAAUGAAUUUAUUUCAAUUGACUGAUUUCUUUAUAUGAACUGUAACUCAGUAAAAUCUUAAAUUGUUGCAUUUUAUAUUUUAGUUCAGUGUAAUUAGGCCCCCCUGGGAAACACUGACCAACACUUUGUUUCCUGCCCCUGUCACAACCCCUCCUCCCUGGCUUUUUGAUUCGUUGUCAUGCCAAACAACACUAUUUGAGGUGCCCACUGUAUUCCAACCAUAGAGUUGGAAUAAUAUCGCAAGUAAUAUUGCAAGUCAAUCGCAAUAUUUGCUCAAAAACAAAAAUUACAUUAUUUGCCCAUAUCGUGCAGCUCUAAUUAUAAUAAUGUAGCAGUCAUUCUCCAUCACUAUUUAUUGUGUUGUGAGCUUAUCCCUCACUAUAUUUUUUUUGCAGAUGGCAAAGUUCUCUUCUGACCCAGAGGUGUUUCUUUUCCUACUGAGCACCAGAGCAGGUGGCUUGGGCAUCAACCUGACUGCUGCUGACACGGUCAUCAUCUUUGACAGUGACUGGGUAGGUGUAGAACUCAUGCUCUCUGGCUGAGCUUAACAACCGUUGCUUACUACUACAUGUUUGGUACUGAUUGGUCUAGUGCAACACGAUAAUUCAUGGACUUCUUCUGUCAGAACCCCCAGGCUGACCUGCAGGCCCAGGACAGGUGCCACCGUAUCGGGCAGACCAAACCCGUGGUGGUGUACCGACUGGUCACUGCCAACACCAUCGACCAGAAGAUCCUGGAGAGAGCCUCAGCCAAGAGGAAGCUGGAGAAGAUGGUAAUUCACAAGAGUGAGUAGAGUACCACUCCUCUCACAUCCAGGACACAUCAAAGCUGUUAUUAGAUUGAGGGGAAUGUGAAACCCACCUGAAUAGAAGGUGCAUGGAAGAGCUACUAAAUAUGUCAGAAUAGAAAACUAUUGUAAUAGUGAUUUAGGUGAUUGUGGUGCAUGUGUUCCAGACCUGGAUUCAAAUGCAUGUAUAUUUGAGGAUCUGGUAUAUAAAAUACUUUUUCUGUGUGUUUUCAAAUACACAGUGCAGAACAAGUAUUUUUGAAUGGUUAUUUGUAAAAACCAAAUAGUCUGCCAAAUUGUAUUUGACAGCAGUUUCAAAUACUUCCAGACCACGUGUAUGGCAUCAUGUGGGUGAGCGGUAUGCUGAUGUGAACGGAGUGCCCCGUGGUGGGGUGGGGUUAUGGUAUGGACAGGCAUAAGCUAUGGAUAACCAACCCAAUUUGUAUUUCAUCGAUGGCAAUUUGAACGCACAAAAAUACUGUGACGAGAUCUUGUGACCAACAGUUGCAUAUCUGUAUUCCCAGUCGUGAAAUCCUAGAUUAGGGCCUCAUUUAUUUAUUUCAAUUGACUGAUUUCCUCUAACUCAGAGCGUUUUUAUAUAUUUUUUCAGUAUAUUUAAAAUACUAUUUUCAAAUACCUGGGUUUAAAUGCAUGGGAGUGUAUUUGAGACAUGUGGUGGCAGGUAGCUUAGCGUUUAGAGCAUUGGGUCAGUAACCGAAAGGUUUCUAGUUCAAAUCCCCGAGCCGAGGGUCUCUCUUUCCAUUUCACACCUCACACUUGUACAUGCAACAUUUUCUCUUGGCUCCAUGGAGGAAUUUGUAGAAUUGCAGGACAUUUUCUUAAAAAUGAAAACAUUUCUCUACACCGCCAGGAUGGGGGGGCCUCUAAAAUCUUCUCAAAUUCAACUGGCUGACCGCACUCCCUGCCACGCCCACCACCUAAGCCCCUUUUUGAUCCAGAAAAAAAACUACCUUUCCAAGUGCAUUUCCAAAUACAUUUACAUAUUCAACUUACUUUGAAUGUAUGUGAAAGUAAUUGAGAUAUUUCAAAUAGUAUUUGAACGCAUGUCUGGUGUGUUAAUUUGAAAUUCCAAUUAAAUUCUUGAAUUCACUCAUGAAGUGAAGAAUCAUGUUGAAUUCAAUUUGAAUUUCCACAAUCUUCAAGUUGUGGAAUUGAAUUGGAAUUCGACAGUUUUGAAUUGGAAUUGUAAAAACAUUUAAUCUUGAACUGAAUUGGAAUUCAAUGUUUGUACAUUUCCCAGUUAUGUCUAUUGACACACCUGUGCGUCAAUUUAAGUGGCAUAAAAAAAAUCCCCAUCAAAAUCCGGCAGUUUAAGAUAGAGAUUUGCAUGGGCUUCGUCUCAAUCCACCACAUCAGCCAAUGUCGGCCUUCCGCAGCUGCGGUGGAAGGUGGCCGAGCUACAGCUGUAUUUGGCUGUAGCUCGGCCACGAGACAUCCUGAAAAUCGGUCUUCUCACAAACGUCUGAAUGGUUUGGCCUACAAACUAAUAUGAUCACUGUGUGGUAAGAUGGGACUCUCACAAACAUGAUGGUGUUCUCGGUUUUGCUCUACGACCCCACAAGUAUCACGGGACUUAACAAAUGAAUGGAAGUUUAGAGGUAGUUUUGUGCCAACAAAAAUAAGGGUUUAAAUAUGUGUCCAAAAAAAUCCCAAAAUGUCCUGAGCUUCCUUAUAUCUCCUAGAUAUGGGACACACUUCAAAACCGUAUUCCUUGUGAUACAUUUUUUUCCAUUUAUGAAUGUGCUAUUCAAUGCGUUUCUAUGGGCUAUAGUAGUAAAGGCCAAAUUCAAUAUUUUAUCAAAUAGUAAAAGGUCCUAAAAUUAAAAAUCAAAUGACUAAAUGAUCCAUGUUAUUACCAUCUUAAAACCAUUCCAUAUGUUAACUUUGUAGAAGCCCCCUCCCCCCCCAACGGUUUAGACUUUGAGAGGUUAAUGUUACUAAUGCACUUAGUAUCAAAGCUAUAUUUCUAUAUUUCCAGUAUAGCUAAGCUGUCUGAACAGUGACAUGAUCAGCCUAAAAUCCUGAGGGAAUUUGUGGAAUUGUUGGGGAUAAUAUUUAAUUGAAUUCUUGGAAUGAAUGUAACAUUUGAAUUGAGGAAUUUAAUUAUCUCUGAAUUCAAAGACUGACCUGGAAUUUGAAUUUAAUUAAAUGGAAUUUACAGGGAUAUUGAAUUGAAUUUGUAAAAUUAACACCAAACCACAUUUUGGUACCUUUUUAUAUUUAUUAGAAAAAUUCAAAGGAGGAAAGGCUGAGCUCAAACAGACCAAGAGCUGCAUCGACGUGUCCGAGCUGAUGGAUCUUCUCAACACCAGAGAUUACGAGAAGUACUAGAGAUUUUCUUCCAUUGUUGAUACAUUUCACAUCAUAUAUUGUAUUUUGAUCUCAUUGUAUUUUAUAUUUUCAUUAUAAAACUCAUUAGAGAAAUAAACAUUUAAUUUAAUAAUUUUAAUUUUAAAUUAAUUUUUUAAAUUUAAUUUAAUUUUUUAAUUUAUAUUAGGUUGGUCAGAAGUCUAUGGUUAUCUAAUGACUGUUUCUUGUUAUUUUCAGGGAAGUGAAAAGCACCAAGGGGAAGGUCAUUAGUGACAAGGACCUGGAGUUUCUGCUGGACCGCAGUGACCUACUGGGUGAGUUAAGCUGUGGGUUCUAUUCAAUUCACAACUACUGUCAUCAUGAAUGAGAUGUUGGGGUGCUUUCUAGAAAGUUGUCAUACAUGCUUCACAAUAUACUAAAGUCCUCUGUCUUUGUCAGGGUGCUUUACCACUGCGUAGCACCAGUGCCUCCCACCGUAACAUGGUCAUCCAAUGAAACCUCAACGUCAUAUUUUCUAUCAUUAGAAAACCUUUUUGGGCCUCAUAGUUGUAUUGUGUGUGUAAUGUAACCAUUUGUCUCUUUCCAGACAAGGCCAAGAGGAGCUCCAAACAGGAGAAGGUUGGAGUUUUCAAGGUGAUCGAAGCCAAAGAAUCAUCGGAGAUCAGCUUGACCUAA